UGGGGAACUUCCAAGAAAUGCUCGUUUAUUUGAUUUUGGAGCGGGCCAAGGUCACUAUAUUGCAUUUUCUAUGCAAAUUAAUAACGGAAAUUGGCACUUUAAAAGUACUGUUGGCGGGGAAUUUGCUGAAACUGGAAUACAGGGCAAAGGAUCAUUAGAUUGUGUAAAUAAAUGGAUUCAUUUGGCUGUUACACAACUAGGAGAGAAUGUGACUCUUUACUUAAAUGGUACAGUUGCUGGACAAACCAACAAUCCAAUGCCGCCUUUCCGCAUUGGAAACACAACAAAUAAUUGGCUUGGACGUUCUCAAUUUUAUAUUCCUUUUCAUUACCCUUAUUUUAGAGGAUUAAUUGAUGGAUUUAAAAUAUAUGAAGGAGCUCUUAACCAAAAACAAAUAAACGAUUUAAUGUAA